CUGUUCAAACCUCAAAAUACGUUACAGACGUCCUUCAGGCCCUCUACAACCAGUUAAAUCCUGCACUGACCUCGGGAAAAUUAAUAAAAAGCAAUUUUUCGACCAGUUUUACAACAACAAAAGAUAAAUUGUUCGGAGUAUCAUUUGACUGACGUUUGAAGCACUAACAAAGUCAAGGGAGGCGUAAUUGGGCCUCAAAAGUGCAGUGCUUUGAGGAUGACAAACACCAUCCAUUGACAAUCCCACGCUGACUCUAAGAGUAGAUUUUGAAAGCUCCAUCAUCCCGAGAACGAUCGUACCUCCAAGAUGCCCCGUACAAAGCAGCCUCGCAAACGCAAUUCCUCCCUGUCUCACCUCGAGGAGAGUGACAUGUUGAUAAAAGACUUCCACAGACAGGCGAAGGCUCGUUUUCGCAAGAUGGACUCUGAUUUUGAGAUGAUGUUCAAUGGUUUCGCAAACCAGAUAAACAUGACACUCUCCAAGAUUCCUCCAGAGGCUCGUAAGUACACUCUGGGUGACUUGGCAAGGUUUCUGAGGGAGCAGGAAGAAGAGCAGGACUACGACGACGUGUCAUCGACAAGUGAGGAUGUUCCAGUUGUGAUCGUGGUUCCCUCAACAGUAAAAUCAAAGCCAAAACCCGUCAAGAGACAGACAGCUGCCUCCAUGGACGAUGGCUAUGUCACAGAGGGUGGAAAUAACAAUCAGAAAAGGGCCUCGAGGGCUGACAAGGUCACCUCGACGACCCAGAAGCUGAGAAAGUCCAGGAGCUCGUCGAGAACCACAGCUGGGAGGGCCAUGAAGUCCAGUGCUUCCUCUGAGAGGGGUGUGAAGGCCAGUACAUCCACUGAGAGACGAGAAAAUUCGAUAGCUCGUGUUGUCAAUUUUGUAACGCCUUCUGUGCCAAAACCAGCGACUGAAUUCAAUCCUGUCACCCCCAAGAUCAAGCCCAACACGCCUCUGAACAUUCUCAGGCGCCCCAGGGAAGGCGAGAUGGUCCUGAGUAUGCAGGGAAGCCCCAUUCUGGUGUCGUCAAUCGUCAAGGAACGCACUGCCAACAUCAAUGUGCCUCUCGGGGAUGGCAACAUCAUCUCUCUACUCCCUAAUGAGGGCCUGCGCAGGUCUCACAUCCCAGCUCUCGAUCCUGAGACUGUCAGACAACUUCAGACACUCAUGGGGCACAUUGGAAAGGUCAUUGAUACUCAGUGAGAAAAGGGUUGAUGCCAUCAUUAGAGUGAUUGUUUAGCUUCGUUUGUGCGUAGGAAUGAUUUAAUGUUUUUAUAUUGUAGAUGAUAAGGCUCUCAGAUUUUUAAGAAUUUUCAUUUUUGCGUUUGCAUGUUGUCCUGGUAAUAAAGAUUUCAUCCAUUUUGUAAA